GGUUGCAAUCGGCUCCUUCAAGUGCGAGAAGGGCGAGUGGGGCUCCUGGGCGAACGCCGAGGUCUUCCUCAGGGGCUGGCGAGCCGUGAACGACGAUGGGCGGUACAGGCAUCACGAUUGGACCAUCAAGGUGGACGCAGAUACCGUGUUCUACCCUGACAGGUUUCCGAUGCACAUGGACAAGCUCCAACUGACAGGCGACCGCUCCGUGUUCUUCAUGAACUUUAUGCCGGGCUAUCCUGUGGUCGGGGCCCUCGAGGCGGUCUCCACCAUCGUGCUGAUAGCCUUCUUUGACCAGCACUUCAACGAGUGUGACGACCUGGCCAUAGGCGCCGCCGAGGACUGCUGGUUCUGGAAGUGCAUGGAGCUCGUGCGCCCCUUGACGGCCGCAGGACGACUCGCUUCUCCAGCACGAGGGGCACCCCGAGGGCGACAAGUGCACGGACGGUUGGUUCGUGGCCAUGCACCCCUUCAAGACGGUCGGCGAGUACAACGCCUGCAUCGACAGGCAGGGCUUCGGCACGUGAGACGUCGAGGAUGGGUAUCCCUCCGAGCGUGUUCACCCUUUUUCAGAGCCUCCUCGCGUCGUGAAAAAGCACGCGCCGCCAAACACCAAUUCACGACGUCGGAGGUUUUGCGCCCGCCCGCACUUCCCGCCGCUUGCCUCCGCCGCGAACGCGUGCGGUCUUGUGGCAAAAGGAAGUAGUAGUUUUAGGUCGCAGGUAGAUUCGCCGUGCCUUCCACAGCCCCGCUACCGUAAGGGCGGAUCGGUCUUCGGGGCCUUGGGCGCUUGCUCAUCUAGAAUGCAGAGAGCUCGUGGUCGCUGUAGCUUUUGGCAAAGUGGCUUUCGCACCGGACUCGCAGUCGGCCACCGUGCUGACAGCCUCCGGCCUCAAUAGGCCGCGAGCUGCUUUUCAGGCCCCCCACUUCGGGAGGCGCCUACGAUCCGGGCCCUCUUGCGGUUCCGACUUGUCCGCGGUGCCGUGCUUGCGGCCGCCUCACGGCGGCCUCAAUCGUCAAAACCCUGGCCCGGCUUCCGAAAUGGGCCCGUGCUGCCCGCGCUGUGCUGCAGGCUUCUGCACGCUGCAGCCGCCCGAGCGUCUGCUUCGGCGGGGUGUCUCGGGGGCCGGCGUGCGCUCUCCGGGCCGGGCGCGCGCGGGCAGGCGCCUCCCGCAGUGCAGUCAUGAAGUGAUGGCAGGCAUGGUCACAGGUCUGCCCUCCUCCUCCUCCUCCUCCUUCUCCUCCUCCUCCUC